CCGGCGGGGGAAGCGCGGGUGAGCGCGGGGAGCCUGAGCUGUGCCCUGCCGGGACAGCCCUGCCACAGGCUCCCCAUGGCUCGGCGGGAGCGGCAGGAGAGCGGGGCGGAGCAGGAGGCGGCUGGCAUCUCCCGCAGGUUCUCCUUCCUGGAUGCCGCCCAGCCCCUCGCGGGCGGCCGGGCCCGCAGCUCCCAGCUCUGGCCAGCCGCCCCGGGGAGCAGGGAGCGCUUCCAUACGCUGCAGAAGAUGGACACCAACAAAAGCAUCGGCUGGGGCAGGCACAGCCUGGGGAGCUGGGGUAGGACUUCAGGCAGGUUCUCCGUUAGCCCCAGCAGCAGCCGGAGAAAGGAGCUGAAGGAAAUCCUCCUGCAGAGCAACAGCCCCGGCAGCACCUUACGGUUUGCCGCUGCUCAGAAGACAUCCAGCAGCAGCAGUCUUCCUGCAGGGCUGCACCAAGAGCAGAAGCCUGAGCAGAGCCCUGAUCUGCUGCCCCUUGUCCUUGAUCCCCUGGAGCACGCAUGGCUGCUGACGGUGGCCGAGGGUGAUGCGGACAGCAUCAUCAAGCUGCUGGACCUGGAUCCCAGCCUGCUGACCAGGAGAGACUUUGUGACAGGCUUCACCGCUCUUCACUGGCUUGCCAAGCAUGGCCACCAUGAGAGCUUCAUCCAAGUCAUCUCCCAUGCCCAGAAGAAAGGCUACCCCGUCAACAUGAACAUCCCCACAGCCAGUGGCGGGCUCACCCCUUUGCACCUGGCUGCCUUGCAGGGACACGAGGUGCUCAUCAAGGUGCUGGUGGGAGCUUAUGGGGCAGACACCACCUGCAGGGACCACAACGGGCGCAAGGCUUGGCAGUACCUGCCAGCAGACACCUCCAGGGACCUGAAGGAGCUGGCAGGGGCCUUGGAGGAGGACUUGGUCCAGCUGCACUCUCACAACACCAACAACAACUGUAAGUCAUCCAGAGAGGCUGGGGCAGGGCAGGACUGUGUGGACUCCGGGGCCGAGGGAAAAGCCCAACACUCCUGGAGCCUGUCGACCCUCCGAGGCUUUGUUAGACAGGCCUUUGCUUUCUUCCAUGAGCGCUGAAGCUCUCCUGGCUCCAUUAACUGGUAAAACUAUGCUGGAUAGCAGCCAGAAAAGCCUGCAGAGAACUGGGAACUUGGCUACUCAAGAUCCUGGCCAAGUGAGGGUUAAGCCAUGGCACUGUGGCUACCCUGGGUC